AUAAAAAGCUGGGGGCGUCCCAAAGAGCUCAGUGACACAUCUGCGGGAGCGUGAUUGGCUGUAAUAGACUUUGUGCGUUUAUUCAGAGCAAUUUGUUUUAUCGCUUAGUGAAGAGUCUGUGGUUAGAAAUGGUUCCUUGUUUAACUCGACGUUUGUGUUAUUUUUGAAAGGGAGCAAUACCACGGAAAACAAUUUUAUUUCUGGCUAAAAUUGUUUGAUUUCGAAAUGGGAUUCUUUCAGGGAGAUACAUCGUCUGUCCUGCUAGAGUGGCCGCGGACGACAAAGUUCAUCUUGUCCGCGUGCGCAGCUACGGUUGCAGAAAUAGUUACAUUUCCUCUUGACCUGACAAAAACCAGACUGCAGAUACAAGGCGAGGCAGCCCAAGGUGGUAGUGGCAGCCGUGCUUAUCGGGGGUUGGUGCGCACGGCUUUUGGGAUCGCUCGCGAGGAAGGGCCCCUGAAGCUGUGGCAGGGUGCCACCCCAGCCAUCUACAGACAUAUAGUGUAUUCUGGUGUGCGGAUGGUGGCUUAUGAACAGCUGCGGGAAUCCCCACUGGGACGGAAUGAGGAUGCCGGCUUCCCUUUCUGGAAGUCCGUGGUGGGGGGCAUGCUGGGAGGGGCACUCGGCCAGUUCAUGGCCAGCCCCACAGACCUGGUGAAGGUACAGAUGCAGAUGGAGGGGAGGCGUCGGCUGGAAGGAAAGCCCCCACGAGUGAGGGGGGUGUACCAUGCCUUCGCGAAGAUCAUCUCGGAGGGAGGGGUUCGAGGACUCUGGGCAGGAUGGGUCCCCAAUGUGCAGAGGGCCGCCUUGGUAAAUUUAGGAGAUCUUACUACGUAUGACAGCGUGAAGCACUUCCUGCUGAGAAACACCACCAUCCCGGACAACAGUGUGUGUCACGGAUUGGCAAGCACCUGUUCAGGUCUGGUGGCAGCUAUCAUGGGGACGCCUGCGGAUGUCAUUAAAACCAGGAUCAUGAACCAGCCCAGGGACAAUGGCGGCAGAGGUUUACUGUACAAGUCCUCGCUUGACUGCCUCCUGCAAACGAUCAGAGGAGAGGGGUUUAUGUCUCUGUACAAAGGCUUCCUCCCCACCUGGAUGAGAAUGGCCCCGUGGUCCAUGACGUUCUGGCUGAGCUAUGAGCAGAUACGGAGGGCGACAGGCGUCACCUCGUUUUAGAGCCUGCGGAGUUUCGCCCUGGUGCCUAUUCCUACCGGAGACAUUGUCCUUGCCUGUGGAUGGCCAAAUGAAAGUAUAAGUGGCAUUACACAAACUACCUUGCGAAGACACGGGUGAAUCACUUGAACGUUAUAGAGCCAAGCUUUUUUUCGCGGUCUGUGUGAUAUACCUGGUGACCUCUUCGUUUUCCAAGAUGAUUCAUGCCAGUGCCUGACAUGCAUUGACUAUCUACUCCGAAAUAAUAUUCACCCAACCAUAUUCCAGCCACUUAUCCUGGUCAGUGCACAAGACAGGGGUACACACACACGUGGCACAUAUACCCUCACAAUCAUGGGCAUAUGUGGGCACUUCAGAGAUACCAGUUAGACUAAUUGCAUGCCUUUGGACCAUGGAAGGAAACCAGAGUACCUACAGGAAACCCCCAUGAUGAGGGGAGAACAUGCAAGCUCCAUGCACACCGAGCAGGGACAGGUUCCCAAGUCCUGUCCCUACUACCCACUGAGCCUCCACACCACCCGGAUACAAUGGAAAUGUCACAUUGGAGUCAUUGACAGAUUCUGUAUAUGAUCAGACGUUAAGCGGAUAGGGGGCACAGCGGUGCAGUGGCGAAUACGGUUGCCAGGGUUCGAGUCUCUAGCUGUAGCUCUAUGUGUGUGGAGCUUGCUUGUUCUACCUGUGUCGCUGUGGCGUUUCCCCCAUGUUCUCCGGUUUCCCCCCGCGGUCCAAAAACAUGCUACGGUAAAUUGGAGUUACCACAUUGUCCAUUGGUGUGAAUGUGUAUGAGUAGUAUGGAUGUGUGUAUAUGUUUGCCCUUGGCGUCUUGUCCAGGGGUAUUCCCGGCCUUUCGCCUGUAACUUGUGAGGUAGUUUCUGGACCAACACGGUUCUGAAUAGGACAAGCAGGUAUAGAAGAUAGAUAGAUGAAUAUUGAGCAGGUGACAAACAGUGUUCUAAAAAAGCUCUUUAAGUUUGAUUGUUUUUACAUUUUGGUGUAAAUAAUUGUUCGGCCCUCAACAGCUUCCAAAAUUAGACAAUUGCAGCCUUAAAUGAUACGUAAAGCAUCACUAUGUCACUAUGUUACUUUUGCUAUGACAAAAAGUAAGCAGAAAUACAGAAACUAUGAGAAAAAGGAAAUCGACCCUCGAUGCUUCCAUAGGAUUUGAGAAGUUAUUGGCCAUAUGUUGGUAAUAAAAUGCACUUGAUUGGCUGAAUACACUCUUUAAAAGCAGAACUUUGGCAGUCUGGUGGUCACACCACACCAAGCAGGAAAAGAUCUCAGCAAUGAUCUCAAAGAAGUAAUGGCUGCUUAUCAAUCUGGGAAGGGUUAUAAGGGUGUUUUCAAUUUGAAACCCGCAAUUCUAGUGAGAAAGAUGAUUUACAAAUGGAGAACAUUUGAGACAUUUGCCAGCUUCCCAGGAGUGGAUGUCUCAGCAAAUUCACCCCAAGGUCAGAUCAUAUAAUUCUCAAUGAAAUUGAAAAGAACCCAAAAACCACUUUUAGGGAUCUACUAGCUGGUUUUAAUUAACAAAUGUCAAAGUUCAUGACUACAUGAUUAGAAAAAGACUGAACAAGUAUGAUGUUCACAAAAAGGUAUCGAGGAGAAACCCCUUCUGUCCAAAAAGAAUAGCUUAGAGUUUCAAAGCUGCAUCUGAACAAACCACAAGGACAAGGCAGUUUGGACAUGAUACAAAAGUAGAGGUUUGACACAACAGCAUAUGAUCAAGAGCACUUUACACCAAUCAUCAAGUAUGGUGGCUGGAGAAUGUAUUGGAUUUGUUUUUUAGGCCAGAGUACCUGAGUGCCUUGUGGUGAAGUUGACAGUGACCUCCUCAUUUAUAUAAUUAUUCUAGGCUUAAAAGUUAAGCCGCCUGCUUGACAGCCAAAGCUGGGCCAAAAUUUGCUCACACAGAUAUACCAGGGCUGUUCAAAUCACUGUCCUCAAGGUCUGAGCCCUGCUGAUUUUCCAGCCUUUCUUUACCCCUAAGCCAGGUGUGAAGCCUCUGGCCAAUCAGAAUCAGUAAUUAUUAAACUACCUGGCAGAACUGAAAACAAAGCCUGGGUUUGGAAUUGAGUUCCAGAUUUGAAGGGCCCUGAAACAGACUGACCCCAAAAUGUCCAGCAAGUCUACUUGCUAGCUUGAAUGUGAUCUUUAAUUCACUGCCUCUGUGUAUGAAUGUAUGAGCCAUGCCUGGAUUGUGAAUUUUACUAUACUUUCAAAAUAAAUCCUAUGUGUUGUAAUAUA